AUGAAUAAACAAAUCAAGUUAAAUAAGAUAAAGCGUAACAAGAUCACGUCAAUUCCACCUCAGCGAGACACUGCGGGGAUCGUCGUGGUGAGGAACAGAGAGUCAAGUAGCCUUACUGAUCCAAUUGAUACCCCUUCCCUGGACACCCUCUCCCUGGACCCCUUCCCUGUAUCCCCUCCCUAUACUCCCAUCCCUGGACAUCCCAUUCCUGGACACCCUCUCCCUGGACCCCUUACCUGUAUCCCCUCCCUCUGGACACCCCCUCCGUGGACCUCUUCCCUGUAUCCCCUCCCUGGACUCCCCUCCCUGGACACUCCUUCCCUGGACACCCUCUCCCUGGACCUCUUCCCUGUAUCCCCUCCCUCUGGACACCCUCUCCCUGGACCUCUUCCCUGUAUCCCCUCCCUGGUCUCCCCUCCAUGGACACCCCCUCCCUGGACCCCUUCCCUGUAUCCCUUCCCUGGACUCCCCUCUCUGGACACCCUCCCUGGACCCCUUCCCUGUAUUCCUUCCCUGGACACCCCCACCCUGAACUAUGGACUACCUCCCUGUACCCCUUCCCUGACCUCCCUCCCUAGACCCCUCCCUGUACCUCCUCCCAUGAUCCUUUCCUUGAUCUUACUCAUGAUUCCCUUCCCUGGACCUCCAUCCUGCACCAUCCCCUCUCUGAACACCCACCCCCUUGAUCCCCCUCCCAAGAAUCCCUCCCUCUCUCUAGACCACCCUCCCCCCCCCUGA